AGGAUGGAACUCUCUCUCGCAGUCACUGCUUCGUCCUCCGGGUUCGGCACCGAAAAAAGACCCAACACGCCUAGGCGCCCGCCUAGCUACUACCUAGCCGCCUAGCCACCGCCUAGCCUUCUAGCCACCGCCUAGCGACGGCCUUUUGAGGAAGAAGAUGGAGGGCCAGGGGGCUCCCAAGCCAUGCCUGAAAUCGAUUACAAGUCUUGGAAUUUACCUGAUAAUGAAUCUAUCUCACUUUUUCUUCGCUUCUUGAAGCAGAUGAUGCAGGGUAAGGCCUCCCAAGCCUGCCACAUCAUCCCUGAAAUUGAUGUCUGCAAGUACGAGCCUUCGGAUUUAGCUGAACUCUUGUUCCCCGACUCUCCAUAUCAACCUACGAUGUGGUUUUCCUUCAGCCGACCUCAUUACAAAUCCAUCAACAGUCUUCGUUACAACAGGGCCACAAAGAAGGGAUUCUGGAAAAUCACAGGCAAGCCACGAGAAAUCAAGUCUCAACAACUCUCCAAAUCGGUCACUUGCAAAAAGAGGACCUUGACAUUCCAUGAAGGUCGUGUGUCUAAGUCGACGAAGACCGACUGGGUCAUGCAGGAGUAUUAUCUCACUCAAACUGAACCGGGUUCUAUUCCCAAUCGGCUGAGUGACUUUGUUCUCUGCCGCAUGAAGAAUAAGUCAGCUCAUUAUGAGUCUGAUAAUAAGAAGCUGAAGGAUGCUUCAAUCUGUGAUGAAUCAGCUGAUCCUGGUAUUGGUGGCUACAUGGCCUCAAAUUCUGAAGAUGAUCAAGCUCCCGCAAAUAAUAUGAUUCCGGAGGCCGACAGACAUCUGGCAGACAAAGAGCUAGAACAUGAUCUGCCUGGAAGUGGCAAUCAUGAUGCUGGUGAACCUGGUGGCUGUGUUUCAUCUGAUUGUGAUGAUAUGAUUCAAGAGCUAAGUGCUCAGCCAGGAGAAUAUCUGGAUUUACCUUUUCCUCCACCUGAGCCACCUGAGCCGGGAAAUGCUUCUGUGCCAUCUCCAAUUGGGAAUAAUGAUUCUUCUCUUCCAAAUAAGAAUAAUAUUACAACCAAUUAUGACAGUAAACCAGUUAGCAACACCGCCUCUAAUUUCGAGAAUCAAACUAAAGAUGAAAGGACUUCAGAGGUUUAUUCUCAACCAGAAGAAUAUCCGGAAUCAUUCUUACAACUUAAGCUAGAUGAUUACACAUGGCUUUCAAGAAUAUUGCAGCCAGAACCGGGAAAUCUUCUGCAUGCCAAUAACUCUAUUGGAUGCAAUGAGUUGCAAUCUCCAUAUCCAGAGACUGCGGCUCUUUUCCCACAAUCUUCUUGAAUAACAAAAACAUCAUCGUAUACUCUUUUCAAUGACUCCAACCAACCAAAGUCAUUGGGAAGGGUUUAUGAUGGGGAUGGUGGGGUACAACAGUGAGACAAACACUAAAGUACUUCAUGGAAAAUAUAUUCUGCAUUAGCUAUUGGAAAAACACUCCAAUAUGGUUAAUGAACCACAACAUUUUAUUUAUGGGAGAAUAUCAAAAGAGACUUAUAAACCAUGAGCCCUUGUAAGAAUGUGUCUCCAACUCACAUUAUUACAGACAGUGAUAUUCUCCUACAAAUAAUUCGAAGAUUUUUCUAAUAACUUCUUCGUAGUUUUGGACAUUUAUGUCCAAGACAAACGACACAAGUUACUAGUCUGUGACACACAGCAAUGGUUUUGGGCAAUUUGUCAAAAUCGUUUUUGCGUGUGUAACUUGUUGGUACAAAGAAAGACCAGCAAAUGCAAAUGGUUGAAAUGCCAUCCAGAACUCUCUACCCUUCUCCGAAUGCAACGAGUCCAGACAAAGUAAAGACGUCUUUUCUCAGAAGCAGUUUUUUUGGAGACGUCACUUCCUCUUCCUCUUAUCAGCACAAACUAGAGAUAUUUCUCAGAUCAGUAGUCUUCUUCAACUAGUAUAUCUAUCCUACAAAUUGAAGAACACGCAACCUCCAUAUCAACCAAUAUCCAUUCAUGUCUUCACUGCACCCAUGGGAGAUGCUCCGAGAAGAAUCCGACUGCAGAGUGGCAUCACAA